UCACAUCGGAGUACUUACAACCAUAACACUCAUCACCAGUGUCUGCAGCUUAUUUGAAUAGUCUCAGUCAGAGAGGGCCGGGAUGUAGGCUUCAAACCAAGGGAAGGCAGUCAUUCACCUGUAGAAGAGGUACACUUCAGGUGAAAAGGUAAACCGGCAGCUCUCAUGUUCAUAACCUUAUCAUCCUGAAUAUGAUGGAGAUCUCAGUUUGUUUCCUGCUGUUUGUUCUAACUGUAGAAACUCCACACGUCAUUGGUCAGGUUCAACAAAGUCAAGGGUCUGGAAAACUGAAGCUAACAGUACUGUCUCAGGAUCGCCUCCAGAUGAAGUGGAAAGAAACAGAAGGCACUUUUACUGGGUACAAAGUUCGAGUGAAGCCUGCAGCAGGCGACCUUGAACAAGAUGUCAUUCUCAACAGUAAUGCAGCUCGUGCUACAGUUGGGGGGCUCAACCCUUCUAAGGAGUAUGUCCUUCAGAUCUUUGUGGUGAAUGGCACACAAGAAACACUAUUUGCAAAGAGGAAAUUUAUCAUUAAUGACUUGAAAAAUAAAUCAAGCAAAUUUCCAAUUAGUGAGACAAUAACCACAGAUGGCCUUACACAAAAUAGCAAGAUUGAGAAAAACCUGACUAUGAAGAGAGAGUUAAACAUCACUUCUGGACCUAACCAGACAUCUGUUUUAAUAAAUGCAGAGGCCAUACUGAAAGAGACAAAUGAUGAAGGACAGAAUACAACAGCAAGCAACGAAUCAAGCAAGGGAAGAAAGAGAACAAAAACAGAGUCUGCAGGGAGUGUAAUGACAGAAAAAGAGGCAGAGAAGAGUGCACAGCAACGUCCCAGCACACCAGAUCAAGAAAAUCAAAGCCGCGACAAAGCAGCAAAGGAAAUGUUUAAAAAAGGUCAUCGUUUCCGUUGUGAACAUUCUUCCCCGGCUGAUGUUGUUCUCCUUGUUGAUGGAUCAUGGAGUAUUGGUCGUUCCAAUUUCAAGCUCAUCAGGGAAUUUUUGGUGAACUUUAUUACACCAUUCCAUGUUGCUGCUGACAAAGUUAGAAUAGCUUUGUCUCAGUACAGUGGUGACCCAAGGACUGAGUGGAAUUUUACCCAAUAUCCCACAAAAGAAGAAACUGUGGCAGCUGCCAGGAAUCUACGCUAUAAGGGAGGCAAUACCUUUACAGGACUUGCCCUAACCCAUAUUCAAGAAGAGAUUUUGUUGAAUGAAGCUGGUGCCAAACCUGAGACCCCAAAGUUUGUGAUUCUUCUGACAGAUGGGAAGUCACAAGAUGAUGCAAAUGUUUCUUCACAAAGUCUGAAAGAUUCAGAAGUAGAAAUUUUUGCCGUAGGUGUGAAGAAUGCGGAUGAAGCUGAACUUAGACAGAUUGCUUCUGAACCACUGGAGAAGCAUGUAUAUAAUGUGCCAGAUUUUCCACAGCUCCGCUCAUUAGUCGUCAAUCUCACCCGUGCACUGUGUACCCGAAUGGUUGAAAGAACAGCUAGUCUGGGAGUUACAGAUAAGAUGGUGCAUCCCAGUCCAACUGAACUUAUCUUAUCUGAAGUGACAGCCAAAGGUUUCCGUAUCAGCUGGACUCCACCUCCAAAAACCGUAAAGAAGUUCAGAGUGGUAUAUUACCCUUCUAAGGGUGGUACUCCACAGGAGGUGGUUGUAGAGGGAUCAGUGUCUACAGUCACAGUGUACAAUCUGACAUCCAACACAGAAUACCUGGUUUCAGUAUUCCCCAUUUAUGAUAAAGGUGUUGGUGAUGGACUUCGAGGGACAACCACAACAUUGCCGCGUUCUCCUCCAGCACACCUGCAUAUCUCUGAUGUGACACACAACAGCCUAAAGGUUGGAUGGCAGCCUGUAGAAGAAGCCACACAAUAUAUGGUUCUCUAUGCAGCUAUCACAGAUGGACAGGAGGAAGAAGAUGGUAAAGAGAUAAUCGUGGCUGCAGAACAUACAGAUAUUGAAAUUGAUGGACUCUCUUCCAACACGGAAUAUGCCAUGACUAUUUAUGCGCUGUAUGGAGAGGAAGCCAGUGAUCCUGUAGCUGUCCAGACAACUACAUUGCCCCUGAACCCCCCAAGGAACCUCCAUUUUACAGAGAUCAGUCAUAGCAGUGCCAAAGUCAACUGGGAUCGAGCAUCUGACAAAGUGAUGGGGCACCGCAUUACCUAUAUCACAAGCAGAGGAAGCAACAGACAGGAGACUGAUGUAGCUGGAGAUACAACAUCAACAGUUCUGGGGAACCUGUCUUCCCUCACAACUUAUUCUGUCAGCGUUCUCUCCAUUUAUGAUGAAGGCAUUUCCACUGAGAUUGUUGGUAACAUCACAACUUUGAAAGUUCCAUCUCCAAGCAACCUGAGGAUAAUCGAUUCCACGUUGAACAGUGCAACUGUACAGUGGCAUCACGCUGCCCUGGACGUGGAUCAGUAUGUGCUUAAAUGGAUUACACUCAGUACCGGGAAACUCAGCCAGCUGUUGGUAGAUGGAAUGUCUGACAGGGCUAUUCUUUUAGGAUUGGAGAAGGAUACGGACUAUCAAAUCUCGAUCUCUGCUCUCUACAGGGAUCAGGCUCAGAGUGAUGCAGUGGUAGUGCGACACAGUACCUUUUCAAGAAGCCCACCCAGCCAAGUGGUGAUAGAGAGCAGGAGUGCAGACAAGCUACAGCUUCGCUGGUUACCUCCCAAUUCUCGAGUGCAGCAGUACCGGGUGUCCUAUGCCAUUGCUUCAAAUCCACAAGCUGCCGAAACACUAAUGGCCCCUGGUAAGAGCAAUGAAGCUACGUUGCAGCGCUUGGAGCCUGGCACAGAGUAUAAGGUUAGGGUGACUGCCGUGUACGAUGUGGGCGAAAGUAAUUCCACAUUCAUCGUUGGCAGAACAUCUGGACUAAAUAUUUCUGGACUCAAUGUUUUGAGAUCACAACAGUCGAGUCUCUGUGUCCAGUGGACACCUCAUGCAGAUGCGACAAGCUACAGAAUCGUGGCCAAAGAGCUUAAAGGUGGGGCAACCAUGGAGGACACAGUAUCUGCCAGUUUGGACAACUACUGCUUCAGUGGCCUGUCUCCUGCCACAGCAUACAGGAUCAGUGUGUCAGCUCGGCUGCAGAAGUGGGAGGGGCCAGCUGCUUCAGUUCUACUCACAACAGCAUCAAUUGCAGCCCGGUUUCCACCCAAAAGAGGUUUUACUCCGACCAGAACUGAUGCAUUUUGCCCUGAAGUCAGUAUCAGAGGGACAUCUGUAAGAGGUUACAACAUGAUGGAGGCAUUUGGAUUGGUGGAGAAGGAGUAUUCCUCAAUUGAAGGUGUUUCCAUGGAGCCUUUCAUCUUUAGUGGGACUAGUACUUACAACAUCUUUAAGGACAGCCACCUGACACGCAAGACAAGUGAUAUCCAUCAUGCAGGGAUUCCCACUGAACACACAAUUAGCAUUCUCUUCAGACUACUCCCAGAUACUCCUAAGGAAACGUUUGCUCUUUGGCAGGUCACUGAUGAGGAUUUCCAGCCCCUUCUAGCAAUUAUUUUGGAUGGCAGACAAAAAUCAUUGGAAUAUUUUAAUUAUGACCAUAUGGCCAAAAAGCAAGAAAUUAUCUUUGACCAACCAGACGUGAAGAAACUUUUCUACGGGAGCUUCCAUAAGGUCCAUAUUACUGUCAGCAGAACUUACACAAAACUGCAUAUUGACUGCAAAGAGAUCACACAGAAAGCCAGCAAUCCUUUGGGAGAAAUAUCAGUAAAUGGAUAUGAAAUCCUGGGAAGACAGCUGAAUGUUAAAGCACAUACAAGCAGCUCCUCACCUUUCCAGUUACAAUUAUUUGAAAUGACCUGCAACACCUACUCAGCAGAUGAUGACAACUGCUGUGAUCUCCCAUCAUUGAGAGAUGCGGAACUCUGUCCAGCUUUGGCGCACAGUUGUACAUGUUCUUCUACGGUUCCAGGCCCGCCAGGUCCACCAGGGCCACAGGGGAAGCCAGGAUUACGUGGGCCACAAGGUGAGCAUGGAGAGCCAGGGCCUAAGGGUGAGCCUGGACCACCAGGCAAACCUGGCUUCGAAGGAGUAGGUGGUCGGCAGGGGACACGAGGACCCCAGGGAAUGAAUGUCCAGGGACCUGUGGGACCACCUGGUGCAAAGGGUGAAAAGGGAGAGACAGGAAUACCUGGAGUGCAGGGCCCUCCAGGGCCUCCUGGACCUCAAGGAAGAGAUGGAUUUCAAGGAGCAAAGGGCAUGCGAGGAGUGGAGGGAACAACUGGGAAUCCUGGACUUCCAGGACCAAGGGGAUUACAAGGAAUGCCAGGACCCAAAGGUUCUACAGGUGAAAGAGGUCCGAUUGGUUCAGUGGGGCCAACUGGCCUUCCUGGCACUAAAGGGGAGAGAGGCGAAAAGGGUGAGCCUCAGUCAAUUGCUGCCAUUUAUCAGAUUGUCAGCCAAGCCUGUGAGCAACUUGUUCAAACUCAUGUUUUAAAAAUUGAUGCUAUAGUUCAAGAAAGAGAAAGAAACCCACUCCCUGUUCAAGUGAUUGAAGGGAAGCCAGGUGAACCUGGAAUUCAAGGUCCAAGAGGUGAGCCAGGACCCAGAGGAGCCCCAGGAAAUCCAGGCCCACCAGGGGAUUCUGGCAAGCCAGGCUUACCAGGGGAAGCAGGAAGGUGUGGCACAAAAGGACAGAAAGGAAAUGCCGGAUUUGAAGCACAUGGCCGGGAGGGACCCGUCGGUUUCCCAGGUCCUCCAGGAGAAAUGACUGUAGGAAAACCAGGACCACCAGGCUCUCCUGGAUCACCUGGUCUUCCUGGCCAUCCUGGUGUCCCCGGACAACCUGGAGAGCCUGGACCACCUGGUAUUUGUAAUAAAUCACCAUGUCAAACAGGUGACUCAGAAUCAGAACACCAUGGCAUCAUCUUUUGAACAUGAGUCGUUUGCUACAAUGAGAAGUAAUUGAUUGUCAUUCCGAUUUUGUACAGCAUUUAUACAUGAGGGAAGAAUCCAGAAAAGAUAUUAUACGGCAGUAUGCAUAACAAUAUUUAUGAACUGACUUCAUCGUCAUGGUUCAGCAUUUGAAAAAGCACCACUUGGGAAUUCCUGCUGUAUAUCGACCUGUACGGAGAGGGAUAACGUCGGCAGUGUAAUGGCUGGCAGUAGUCUCUUUUAAGGUUUUAUUUAAUCAGAAAGCAGAUGGAAUUGUCAUGUAACAUGGGAACGAAUACUGAUACACCUAAGAUACAAUGUUUGAGGUAAUCAGAUACUGAGCAGUACCAGUUCAUGACAGCUAACAUUUAUAUGUGCAGCACAACUAUAAACUGAGAACAGGUGGUACAAGAAUUACAGCAAGGAAAUUCAGCAAUUUCUAAUCAAAUUAGUUUAAAAAAUUAUAUAAACACAACGUUGUAAAUAAUGGGUCUUAUAUUGUAAAGGCUGUGCAUAUAAUUUUCAAAAAGUACAAAUAUAUUACAGCAUGGAAAGGGUUAAAGGUUAUAGUUCAAAGGAAAAUCAAGCAGAUUAUCAGGCCAGGUCAUUUCCAACCAGUAUUGAUGCAUUUAUUUUCCUAGUAUCAUUUCAGUCAGUGUUUAAUUGACUCCAAAGGCUUUUUUCCCCAAAAAUCCCUUUCACGUAAGAGUAAAUUAGUUUACGGUUGAAAGAAACAUAUGGGCCAUAAUCAUCCUGCCAAUGACUUAUUUUAUGAAGCAUAGAUUAAUGUAUAUAUUUCUUUGGAAAUAGGCCUUUGCUCCAUGUUUUACAUUAAUGACAUUCCUCAUGGUCAAACAGUAGGUAAAUAACUAAUGAGAGAAUCGAACCCUGAACCAAAGGACUAUAGCUCACAGCCUUAACCCUCUGCACCAACUAUUAGACUCUAAUGCUUGCAUAUACAAUAUGUUUUGUAAUAUGCUGUGGUACAUAGUAAACAAACACUCUGGAUGCAAGAUGUUAUCCCAGGAUUACUAGUUCUGAUGUGUAGGAAAUAUUAACUCUUGUUGGACACUAGAACAGGGAUCUCUAAAAUCUUACUUUUGGAAAUUUAUAUGAACAUAGUCAAAGUAAAGAUCUUAUUAUGUUUGGCAUUUCUUCUGGGUAGACAUGAUGAAGGCUUUCAAGCUGUUUGCAGCAUUAAUCUUCAUAUUCCAAACAAAUGAUGCAUCUCUUUGUUUCUUUCAGUCAUGCAUUUUACAAAUUAAGUAAAAACAUCAUUUCAAAGGUAAAGAAGGUGCUCUAACAAAUUAUUAUUUGCUGGAGGCAUACUCUGCUGUUAUACUUCCCACAAAUGCAUGCUGUCACACCUGCCCCUUACCUUCCUCUUCUCAUCAUCCUUUGGCCACUUAUAAUUAUGAAUUUUAGGCUCAAACUCAAAGCUUAAUCCCCUUCUAGUUGCUUUUCAUUUCACACUAUUAGGCAAUGUUCGCUCAACAGUGUUAUAUGGAAUCAUAGCUCUCAUCCCUUUAUGUCCAAAGUCAGCGACACAGUCAAAAAUAAUCAAGAACCAGAGAAAAAGGCCCCAUAUUAGGGGCAUUUUUUGAAUAUGAGUAUUACUGAUCUAGAAAAUUUACAGACUAACAAAACAUGAAUUAAUGUGUACUCUGUGUGGUUAGAAAUGUCAGUAAACAUAAUGAUGGUCAUUAAUUAUUGAUUACAAUCCAGCAUCUUUUCAGAAAAAAAAAUGAUUUUGGAGGAGUUAGAACCAGUUACUGUUUUAUAAAUAAUUUGGACCCCACCCACUCAAUGACCAUCAAGCCUUCCCCUUGAACACUUAAUAGGCCAAUUCAUUCAUUCCAAUGGUGAGAGCCUGCUAGUAUAUGUGUUCCUCUGGGAAGCGAGAGUCAGGUGCUGAGUGAAGAUUUUUGUAUAUGCUUCUGGUCUCCGCACUCCCAUUUGAAUGCAUGCUGUGCGAUUGUUGCUCCUAGAAGGCACACAUGCUCUAAAUCUCCUGACCAGGAAGUGCACCUGUUGCAUCAAGCUUGAUUGCUGACUAUCAUACAGCUUUUAUUCUGCUGAACCAUCACACUCCCUCCAUGACAGACAAGUUAGCAUCACCUGAUGAUUCCCAUUCUCAUCUGUCCUGCCUGCCCCCUAGUGCCUGUGUCAUGGCAGGUCAACAUUUUACAGAAAAUAUCAGAGAGACUUUACAGGCAAUGUACAUACCAUUCUGUCAGCAUAAAAACACAUAGGUUAGGAUGUACCUAGUGUUAGCCCAACCUUUUCCCAUUUCUCAUUUGGCCCACCCAUUAUCAUUCAGUAUUACUUAGUAAUUAACUAUUAUACACAGAUACUUUCAUGCUGGGCUAAAUGAUGGAGCAUGACUAGCCACUGUGACAGUAACAGUAAUCUUGUAGGCUAGCAGAAAGUUGUAUUGUUGCUAUCUGCUAGAGUGCACUUUGAAGAAACCACAGGAUGUCUUCCUUGUGUGGUUUCCUGGUGACAGAGAAAGAAUAAGUUGUGGGAGUAAAAAGUAACCACAAUAACAACUGUUGAAAUAGUAUGCAGCUGUGCAAGCAUGGCAUGGCCAAACAGAAACACGUUGCUCAGAACAGGGAAAACUUGACAGAAAUUAUUGGUGUGAGGGCAAAACGUGGGCCUUGAUAGGUUUGCUGACAGGUUCUUGAUAGGGUUCACAUUUUCUUUCAGUAGGAAUUCAGUAAAUUUUCAGAAUGUAUCAUAUUCAGAGGUGUGCCCCUCUUCUGAUGUUAGCCCAUAAUGUCAGGUGCUGGAUACAUAAAUGCAUUCAUCCACGAUGUGUGCCACUUCAUUUCCUAGCUAGAAGCAAACACCUUGUGCAUCAAAAAAUAAUCAAGAUUUGACUCCUACCUACACAGUAAGCAAGUAAUAUAAAAGUAAAUACUUGCCUGAGAUAUAGGAACUUGAGGCUAGAUGGAAGAUCCAUCCAUACACAAUUCGAUGGAUGAAAUAAUGGAAUUCCUGACCCAUCAAGAAUCCUCUUAUAAAUUCAUUGAUACUGUAAAGACUCCGGUAUCACUUCUAGUUUUAGUUAACAUAACCCAUCUGAAUGAUUCACUUAAGAAAAAUUAUGAAUGCUGCCAAAACAAGUGAGCAUUGUAACCAUUUUUGCUAUAAAUGUAUAUAAUAUUUAUUACAACAGAGUGAAAAGAAAAACAUUUCUUAUCUGUUUAUCUAUAGUCAAUUUGCUUAUUAGACUAACUAAUUCCUAUUAUAUUCAGCUAAAAUAUAAAAGCUGUGCUAGUUAACUUUUGUGUGUGUGUGUGUGUGUGUGUGUGUGUGUGUGUGUGUGUGUGUGUGUGUGUGUGUGUGUGUGUGUGUGUGUGUGUGUGUGUGUGUGUGUGUGUGUGUAAAUUACAGUUUUUUUUCUAGAAAGUGCUGUAAACUAAAACCAAAUACUUGUAACCUUCUGAGUGUAUAUAUAAAAAAUGGUUUCAUUUAAAUAUAUUUUUGUUAAGAAUUAAA